AUGAGUUUCAACGCCACUGCAGCAGCCAGCAAUAAAGCGUUCGUAGAAGCGAUUGCAGAAUGGUGGCAAUUUCUCCCCAGUGUUGUCGACACUGGAGCCACUGUGCUGUGGGCGAUCGAGCCAUCCAUCUUCUUCCUUGAGUCCUUCACGGCGACGAACAAAACAGCAGAUCAGGUGAACGAUUUGUUUGCGCCUUACCUUGCGACACUCGACCGUCUCGGAGUCAAGUACCAGUUCUCCAGCGGGACCAAACCGACAUAUUACGAACACUACAGCGCAAGCAACGGGCCCUUGCCAUACGGCGUUUACCCAACAACCAUGCUCUUCAACAGCCGCUUGAUCCCGCGCGCUGUCUCGCUCUCAGCAGAGCGUGCAAUGAACUUGACUGAGACCAUGGACAAUGCACUGAACAGUCCUGUCGCCGCGGGAUGGCCUGGAUGGGGCUUCGGUUGCCACGCGCUGAACGUCGCCAACAUCAGCCAUCCCGACAAUGCCGUGACACCGCACUGGCGAAAUGCCAUUGCCAUCUGCAUCGAAAUCGCGCUCUUCGAUUGGGAUAUCCCGUGGGAGGACAUGAUGUUCCGGAAAGAAUACUUGACCAAGACCAUCACGCCGACCAUCGAGGCUGCGACGCCGGACGGCGGUGCGUACCUCAACGAGGCGGAGCCGCUGGUCUACAACGACAGCGCAGAGCACUGGCAACAAGCUUUCUAUGGCGAUAUUUAUCCGCGUCUGCGUGCUGUCAAGCAGAAAUGGGAUCCCGAAGGUUUGUUUUAUGGUUACACAGUCGUUGGAAGUGAGGACUUCACGGAGGACGGCGAUGGGAGAAUUUGCAGAGUGUGA